AUGAGCUCACCCCAGGUGGUUCGUGAGGCCAAGAAGGACUUCGAGGCUAACAAGCGUGUCUACGAGAGCGUGCUGCUCACUUUCAGAGGUGCUGACGGCUAUGACGUGUACAACUGCUCCGUCCCAUUCUUCUACAAGGGCAAGACGCACAUCUACGGGCGCGUUGAAAAGCGCGAUAUUUGGGCCGCUUCACAUGUGCGCCUCUUCGAGGAGACGGGCAAGGAUGAGUUCACGGCGGUGCCGGAUGGGAUGACGUGGUUGUUGGAGGACCCCUUCGUGUCGAAGGUGAAAGGUGAAGCCCUCUUCGGCGGCACGCGCGUUCGCAAGGUUAGCGACCGCCUCUUAAGCUACUACUGCGACUUUUUCCGUGGUGGGAUCGAGCAGGGUCUCUACUUCACGACAGGUCCCGACAACAUGAAGGAUAUUCGCUGUGUGGAGCUGGCGAAUGGCAGCAUAGGCGUUUUUUCCCGCCCCAAGACGGAUGUCUACACCUGCAUCGGCUUCACCGUCAUCAACGACCUGAGCGAGUUGACACAAAAGGUGAUUAAUGAGGCAGAGCCGCUUAAUGUCCUUCACCCCGGUGCUUGGGGCGGCGUGAAUCAGGCGUAUCUUCUCACCUCCGGCAAGGUUGGGUGCAUCGCACACUACAGCUACAACAGCAAGGACGAAAAGGACCGCCCGACGUCGGUGUAUCUGAACUACUCCUUUGUUCUGGACCCUGAGACGAAGCAAGCAGAGAUGGAACGCAUCAUUGGCACCCGUAGCUGCUACCCGGAUUACCCCGUCAAGACAGAGAAGCUCAUAGACUGCGCCUUUUCCUCUGGUAUUGUGAUGCGUGCGGAUGGCAAGUGCGACCUGUACAGCGGGUUGGGCGACACCUGUGAGGGUCGCAUCACGAUUGACUACCCAUUCGAGGGGUAUGGUGCAGUUGUUGAUCAGCUCUCGUUUUGA